AUGACAAAAGAUGCAGAGUCUCAUCUUCUUCACAAAGCGCACGACAGAAAACCGGAAAUCGCUAGGAUGAGAUCCCCCGUGUCGGCGUGGAUUACUGGAUUGGCCACUAUAAUGGCAAUUGUUGCUUGCUUGGCUUUCAGUAUAUUUUUCCAUAGAGCACUUAGUGGCUUCUCUAAACAGGUCAACGCAUUCGUUUCUGUCGGUGACUUCAGUUCAGUUCUAUUGCAAGCUGUUGUUUUUGUCGUUUCUGCUGCGGUGGUCGUCUACCUACUGUUUGUUUACCUGGCGUCUGAAGAGUCGAAAAAGUGCACUCAUUACUAUCUGAUAAUGUACGUGUUCAGCUCGAAUAUUUUCAAACGUGCUAGCGGUCUGUGGUUCACCCUGCCUUCUGUUCUUCUCAUCGUUUGGCUCUCAAGGCUUCCUUAUACUAUGGGUCCUGAUGUUGUGCUUUGUGUCUUCAGUGUCCUUAGGGUGGGCCACAACCCCACACGUAAGUUCGCUCAUCGGUACCCUAUGUCAACCUUUUUCACGAUGGAGCGUGCACGCUUUAUUUUCUGUUUAUUGGGGGAAUUUACUCCUUCUGUGCGCUCAUUGAUCAACAAUGUUUCGACUUCCGAGUUCUCAUACCAGCUAUCGUUAGCAGGAUUCAGUAAUAAGAAGGUUGACAUGGUUUUCUGUGCUGAAAAGAAGGAGCUGUUGUGUUCACAAGAAAACAAUCAAAUAUGGAAUUUUUUAGCAGCAUUCAUCUGCUGCGUUUUAACAUUUGCAGCUGUCCUCUUUGUUCAAAACUGCGUCGUCUAUGGAUUCGGAAAACGGCAAGCGGCAAAGGAAUAUAGAAGAAGGGAAAAUUACGAAAUGAAAACGUUGAACUCCUGA